AUGACAGUGGAUAUGUUGUGGAGUCCUCCAGGUGCUGGAUGGAUUAAAUGCAACAUCGACGGAGCUGUAGCCGGUUCUACCUCUCUUGCUUCUUGCGAUGGUAUUUUCCGUGAUGCUCAAGCUAACCAUGUCAUUAGCUUCAGUGUCUUCUUGGGUCCUGGUUCUUCUGUGUUUGAAGAAUUCAUGGCAGCGGUUUUGGCAAUAGAAAAGGCUCGUCAUUUGAAUUGGACAGAGCUGUGGUUGGAAACAGAUUGUGCACUUCUUGUCAAAGCUUUUUCAGAUUCAAGCUUGGUCCCGUGGAAAAUCAAAUCUCGUUGGCUUACGUGUUGGGCAUAUACACUCUCCAUUGAUUUUAGGAUCAUACAUAUUUUCCGUGAAGCCAAUUUUUGUACGGAUGUCUUAGCUAAUAUCGGCUUAAAGAGAAAAAGUAUUGCAACAAAUUUUGACAUGUCUUCGGGUUUUGCAGAUGGUAUGUGUAGAUCUGGUUUUGCAGAUGCAAAUGGGAUUCAAUGA